CAUCCUCAUCCUCAUCCACCUCCGGCUGUGCUGACUCGGUCGCUCCUGUCUGUCAGCAGAACCGGUGGGUUCUCCUGGUGCUCCCAGCAUGUCACCGGACCGAACCUGGGAUGAGAGUUCGGGACUGAUCCACUGAGGAUUUCCAUCUUCCAGAAAACAGUUGUUGAAGAUUCAAACCGAACCUAACAAGUUUUGCGCACCGGAAUGUGACAGAAACUUCUCGUGAUUCUGGUUCUGUUGCGUGUCUGGAGUGGGUUCAUGUCCCAGAAUCUUCCUCUUCUGGACCGGACAGUAGAAACUCACCAGUACUUGUGGAUGAAGAUGGCUCAAAGGUAUGAAGAGCUGGCUCCGUAUGGACCCAUGGAUGCUGCAGGACCCCCCUCCUCCAUGUACGGAGAGCCGCACGCGCCGCGGCCCCUGGCCCCCCUGCAUCACUUGACCCACGCGCCCCCUCACCACUACGGGGCCCACGCGCACAGCCUCGUGCCCGACGGGCUGAAGAGAGACAAGGACCAGAUUUACGGGCACCCGUUAUUCCCGCUCCUCGCGCUCGUCUUCGAGAAGUGCGAGCUCGCGACCUGCACGCCCCGCGAGCCCGGCGCGGCGGGCGGAGACGUCUGCUCCUCCGACUCCUUCAGUGAGGACAUCUGCGUCUUCUCCAAGCAGAUUCGCGUGGAAAAACCCAUAUUUUCAUCCAAUCCGGAGCUCGACAACCUGAUGAUUCAGGCCAUUCAGGUUCUGCGGUUUCAUCUCCUGGAGUUAGAAAAGGUCCACGAGCUCUGUGAUAACUUCUGCCACCGGUACAUCAGCUGCCUGAAGGGGAAGAUGCCCAUCGACCUGGUCAUCGAGGAGCGGGACAUCUGCAAGCAGGACUUCGACGACCUGACCGGCUCCUCCACGAACCUCGCGGACCUCAACCCGGCGUCCUGGAGAGACAUGGACGACGUCCACUCUGCGCCCUCUGUGGGGACUCCCGGGCCCUCCAGCGGGGGACACAUCUCCCAGGGUGACAGCACCAGUGAUCUUGGAGAUGGCCUUGACAACAGCCUGGCGUCGCCGGGGACGGGGGACGAGGACGAGCACGACAAGAAGAGGCAGAAAAAACGAGGCAUCUUUCCCAAAGUGGCCACGAACAUCAUGAGAGCAUGGCUGUUCCAGCACCUCACACACCCGUACCCCUCAGAAGAACAGAAAAAGCAGCUCGCACAGGAUACAGGUCUCACCAUUCUUCAGGUGAACAACUGGUUCAUUAAUGCACGGAGGAGAAUAGUCCAGCCCAUGAUCGACCAGUCCAAUCGAGCAGUGAGUCAGGGAGCAGCUUACAGCCCGGACGGUCAGCCAAUGGGAGGCUUUGUUCUGGACGGGCAGCAGCACAUGGGUCUACGUCCUGGAGGCCCUUUGGGUGGGAUGGGCAUGAACAUGGGGAUGGACGGGCAGUGGCACUACAUGUAACCCACCGAGGCCAGCCGAACUGACCAGGUCAGCGCCUCCAUGUGGGCUCAGGGAUCUCCUCCUGCCUGAUGCUGCAGAGGUCAAGCCCGCCCCUCUACCCGUCCUCUCCAUGUGGACCACCUCGUCCCUUCCCGCUCACAGAAGCUCAGGUCUCCACGGAAACGCCUCACUUGUGAUCCUCAGAGGACUGGAAGGACAUGAAGGACUUCACAGCGAGGAGAAGCAGAGCUCUUCUUCUUCACCUCCUUUCAACUCCUCCGUUCUUUUUCAAAUCACCUGAAAAACACCUGGCUGAGUGUUUUGCUCUGAUUGGCUCCUUCUGCUUCAGACUAAGACCACGCCCCCUCCCUCUUCCAUUGGACCUCCCGGAUGACUGGGCACUAGCAGAACCAGCAGAGAACUGAUGCUAGCCUGAGCAGUUGUGUUGUAAAUAUGUGUUUCUGUCCAUCACCUGUGGUCAUGUGACCGAGCCCUACCUGUGUGCUUUUGAUCU